AUGGCCGACGUCUUCCAAGCCUCCGAACCCGGUUCGGGUCCCGACGCGGCUCGGCGGUUCGCCCGGAAAGGGGCCCUUCGGCAGAAAAACGUGCACGAAGUGAGGGACCAUAAAUUCAUCGCGCGGUUCUUCAAGCAGCCCACCUUCUGCAGCCACUGCACCGACUUCAUUUGGGGGUUUGGAAAACAAGGGUUUCAGUGCCAAGUUUGCUGUUUUGUGGUUCACAAGAGGUGCCAUGAAUUUGUUACUUUUUCUUGUCCUGGAGCUGACAAGGGACCUGACACUGAUGAUCCCAGAAGCAAGCAUAAAUUCAAAAUCCACACGUAUGGGAGCCCAACAUUUUGUGACCAUUGUGGUUCAUUACUUUAUGGACUACUGCACCAAGGGAUGAAAUGUGACACUUGUGAUAUGAAUGUUCACAAACAAUGUGUAAUAAAUGUUCCAAGUCUUUGUGGAAUGGAUCACACAGAAAAAAGAGGGAGGAUUUAUUUGAAAGUUGAAGUGACUGGUGACAAGCUGGAAGUCACAGUGCGGGAUGCAAGAAAUCUAAUCCCUAUGGAUCCCAAUGGACUCUCAGACCCGUAUGUUAAACUGAAACUUAUUCCAGAUCCUAAGAACGAAAGUAAACAGAAAACAAAAACCAUCCGCUCGACGCUCAAUCCACACUGGAAUGAGUCCUUCACAUUUAAAUUAAAGCCCACAGACAAAGACAGAAGAUUAUCAGUGGAAGUCUGGGACUGGGAUCGAACCACUAGGAACGAUUUCAUGGGAUCCCUCUCUUUCGGAGUGUCAGAACUGAAGAAGUCGCCAGCUUGUGGAUGGUAUAAAUUACUUAACCAGGAAGAAGGCGAGUAUUAUAAUGUGCCAAUACCAGAAGCUGAUGAAGAUGGAAAUACAGAACUGAGGCAGAAGUUUGAGAAAGCCAGGCUUGGCCCAUCGGCUAAUAAAGUUAUAUCUCCAGUUGAAGACCGGACUUAUAACUUACCAUCCAAUAAUCUUGAUCAGGUUAAACUGACAGACUUCAACUUUAUAAUGGUGCUUGGAAAAGGGAGCUUUGGGAAGGUAAUGCUGUCAGAACGAAAGGGAACAGAAGAAUUGUAUGCAGUCAAAAUAUUGAAAAAAGAUGUGGUGAUUCAAGAUGAUGAUGUAGAGUGUACCAUGGUUGAAAAGCGAGUUCUGGCUUUGCAGGACAAACCUCCUUUUUUAACACAGCUUCACUCUUGCUUCCAGACAGUGGAUCGCCUGUACUUUGUCAUGGAGUAUGUGAAUGGUGGCGACCUCAUGUAUCAUAUUCAGCAAGUAGGAAAAUUUAAGGAGCCCCAAGCAGUAUUCUAUGCAGCAGAAAUCUCAGUGGGUCUUUUUUUUCUCCAUAAGAAAGGAAUUGUUUAUCGAGAUCUGAAAUUAGAUAAUGUAAUGUUAGACUCUGAAGGACAUAUUAAGAUUGCAGACUUUGGCAUGUGCAAAGAGAAUAUGAAUGAUGGAGUGUCAACAAGAACCUUCUGUGGGACUCCAGAUUAUAUUGCACCAGAGAUUAUUGCCUAUCAACCAUAUGGAAAGUCAGUGGAUUGGUGGGCCUAUGGAGUACUUUUAUAUGAGAUGCUGGCUGGUCAGCCUCCAUUUGAUGGCGAGGAUGAAGAUGAACUCUUUCAGUCAAUAAUGGAACAUAAUGUUUCCUAUCCCAAAGCAAUGUCCAAAGAAGCUGUGUCCAUCUGCAAAGGGUUAAUGACUAAACACCCUGCCAAACGUCUCGGCUGUGGGCCCGAAGGAGAGAGAGACAUUAGGGAACAUGCCUUCUUUAGGAGAAUUGACUGGGAAAGACUGGAGAACAGAGACAUCCAGCCUCCAUUCAAACCAAAAGUGUGUGGCAAGGGUGCCGAAAACUUUGACAAAUUCUUCACCAGAGGACAACCAGUAUUAACGCCACCUGAUCAGCUGGUCAUUUCUAACAUAGACCAAACAGAUUUUGAAGGGUUCUCUUAUGUCAACCCACAGUUUGUACAUCCCAUGUUGCAGUGUGAAGUAUGAAAACAAUAGACUCAGGAAAGCCCUCCUCCCCACUGGGAAAUUGCCCUUAGCCCUGGAGUUUUUAGACCUUUGCCUUGUUGAUUCCAUUCAGGUCUGGGAAUUGUAGGGGUAACGAGGAAGGGAAGAUGCCAAGGAACGUGUGGACGUAGAAAAUCACCCAGUGUAUUUAUUUAGGAAUCACUGAUGCUUAUAGAUUACUGCUAGCCUUUGUCCUUUUUAUAACUUUGACUAUUUUUCUCUAUCUCCUGUACCUCUGAAAACUUCUUCUUAAACAGUUAAUAAUGAAUCUGAGACUAUCAUGUGGGAUUGAGGAAAAAAGAGAUGAAAAUGUAAGUUGACUGAAGAAUCAGGGGCAGCGGGGGCAGGGAGGGGAGAAUGGAAUAAAGGGAAAUCCAGAAAACGUUAUUCAAUAUUACAGUUGGCCAGAUCUAUGAUAAAAACAAAGAUAUGAACAAAGAAGGCCCAUAAAGCUUUUAAAAUUACUUGAUCAAGAUAGAGGUUUCGUAUAAGUUUUCAAUAUAAAGUUUUCAGUAUAAAAUACAAAUUAUGUGCAUAGGAUGAAUACUAACGAGAGCCUGUGAUGAAGUAGCUCCAAGGUAAAAUUGCAUAAUACUGAUAUAUGUAUUAUUUUUAAUCUCCAUGAGAUUAUGUUAUGAUCCAGGGUGCCAGUUUGCUAUUUAAUUCACAUCACUAGUCAAGUUUAUUGUAAAGCCAGUUUUAAUAUUUUAUCCUAAAUAUUUCUUAACUGGGCUCUGAAUCUAUACAUCCCUAACUCUUUGAUUUAUACUUAUUUAUUUAGUAAACUGCAUGAAUAGAAUAUAAAAAGUGUACAGUAAAUUAAUAGAGAUGUAGAAUUCAGAGUCAAGCCUGAAAUGAUUCUAACAAUAAGGAAUGUUUCUAAAAAUAAUUUCAGCUUUUAACAGAUUGGGUUUAGAAUACUUGGAACCACAGAAAUCAAAGCGAAAACUUUAACACAGAAUAAGUUUUCUUCAACUGUUGUUGGAAGCUAUUAAAUACAUUUUUGAAUAAGCAUCAUGCAAUGAAUUUUGCAUGUUUAAUGAACAACAUUUAAGUGAAUCUAUAUUACAAGUAAUUGUAUCACCUGUGAUACACAUAAUACAUAUUUUAAUAAGACACAGCUGUGCUACAUGAGGGAAGGUUCUUUGGGACGAACUUUUUAGCUACAGCUUAAUGUUCUAUUACAGUUUGGUUUUGAUUGGGGUUCUUAAACUUCUGCACCUUGUUGAUAAUUUAAGAAAGUCUGUGCUCUUCUCUGCUUAUUUUUAUGUAGUUCUACCGCUAAAUUAUCCUAAACCGCAGUGAGAUUUUGAGCACAGCGAACACAAUGAACACGCAUGUGCAAAGUUUACCCACUCCCAGCUAGUAGGAGGAGCUGCUGGUGCAUGCUGAGCCAAUUCCACUGAUUUAUUGCUGAAGAACUUGCAACAUGUCCCUAAAUCAAUUAUUUGAUCUCAGAGACGUUUAAAAAGCAGUUAUGAUGAUUAUACAAGAACUUGAGCAGGAAAUUUGGAGAACAACCAUAUACCUGUGCUUUUUUUUUUUAAUAUGAGGCUUUCUUUCAAGAGGAUGCUGGGCAUUUACUGCAUAUCUAUUACUUUGAAGCAGGAAAACAAUAUAUUAGAGCUAUAAUCAGAUAUUUCAUAGAAUUUUGCUCCCUUGCUUUUAAAUUAGUUCAUUUCCUCCCCUCCUCUCCCCUCCCCUUCCCUCGGCAUUUUACUUGAAUUUAACCCAUUUUAAAGGUCACUAAAUAGUGGGUCUGUGAUUCUUUUGCAUGUAAAUGGAGUAGGUUUUUUUCUCAUAAUGUUUUCUCUUUUAAUUUCUGUACAUUUAGCUGCCAAAAUAUGUGCAUAUAAGUCCCUGGACAGUCCAUCUUUUUAUCAGUUUUGCCACAGAAAAAUGCAUUCCUGAAACGAAAGAUUUCCACAAAAUUCAGUAGAAAAUGUUCCCCAAUUGUAUUUGAAGAUUAUUUUUUUCAUACCAGCUUAGAAUGUGUGAAAAUCCUCUCUGGAAAACUCUGGCUUUCCUGCACAUAUUCAUUUUCUCCAAGGAUUUGGGCAAGAGUCAUUUUAUACUUGCUUUUUUGCCUUUCUUUUGCGAAUCUUUAGGAUAUAAAAAACAUGCACAAGAAGCUACAUGUGAACAGAACAUACACAGAAACAUACUUUUCAGUGUCUUCAGAAUGUAUUAGGAAGGUUAUUUUUUGAAUACAGCUGUCAGAAGAUGUGCAAUCAUGACAAUAUAAGCCAGGUCCUCACACGUGAUAGCAUGUAUUUUCCUCUACAUCUGUGUGCCAAAUAUGUUGGAGUGAUCCUAAACGUAAACCCCAAAUAAAUCCUAUAUAAGCUAUGAAACAAGUGUGCUAUGUGGGAAAAUUAAGGAUGCUAGUUUCAGAUGCCAUGUUACAAACAGGCUAUGUAUGAGCACUCUGUGAGAUAGGCAGCCAUGCAAAUUCAGUAAAUAAUUAAUAAAUCAAUAACAAGCGCACUGCUAUCUUGCCAAACAUGUAAUGAGAUUUUUGCAUGUGAUAGUUAACAGUUUUUGAAAGCUUUGUGCUGCACCUUGUAAAAAAUAUUCCUAUCAUUGCCAUACUUCUUAUUCCAAUUCCUAUAUCUAGUGUUCCAUAUGGACAAAGAAAUAAAUAGGCCUGCAAAAAUGCACUGUAUCUCUUAUUCAGCUGAGAAUCAAACUAAGCAGCCAUGCCCUUGGUGAAAACCACAGUACUAACAAAUAUCUUAAAGCAGGAGAUACGCAUGUUGUUAAGUGGAUGUAAUAUUAGAAAUUGUUGCAGCCUGUAAGAGCUCUGCAGACUUAGCUGUUCUUUAAUAGUAUAAAUAUAUUUAAAUAUAACAAAUAUUAAUAUUUAUACUUACAAUAACCAAUAUACAGAAAGCCAUCAUUAAACAUAAAAAAAUUGAACGUAUUAGAUAAAACUUAAUUGACAUCUCUUUCUCUUUGCCUAUUUUUUGUGACAUUGCCAGUUUUAUAAAAAGUUAUGCACAUUUUCCUUUUUUAAGAGUAUAAUUUCAUUAGGCUAGGGCACAGAACAACCACCAGUCCAUAAACUGGGCAUUUAACUUUUUAUUUUAUUCAAACACACUUUAAGUUAUUGGAGAUAUGCAUCCGUCAUGAUAAUAGUAUCCAGGGGAACAUAAUGAAAAAUAAAUUUAAAUAAACAAAUGUGAGAAGUUGCUGAAGAAGGCACUUGUGUCAGAAUAAACAGAAUAGCAGAGUUGGAAGGAACCUGGAAGCCUUUUAGCCCCACCCACUGCUCAAUCAGGAGACCUUACACCAUUUCAGACAAAUACUUGUCCAACCUCCUCUUAAGGUGAUCAUAGGGACUUAAAUGUGUAGCACUUACCACAGACAGUAAUAAUGAUAAAUGCUAUGACAUUUACGCUGUGAAAUUUUAUUUUGGUCCCCUGAUCAGUGUUUCUUAGAUGUUCAUUGGUGUUAUAAAUGAUUCAACAGCCUUCCCCACUCUGCUGCCCUCAGUCUAACUGGGAUGCUAUCUUAUCACAUCUUGGGGGAGUUGAAGUGGGAAAAAUAGCUCUACAAAUGGAGUUGUCUUCUUUUUAAUUACCUCAGUUGACAAUUCAUAGCUGAUGGCAAGAGCCAAAACAAGAAGCAAACAAAUAAAUGCAACAAAGACACACACACACACAGUAUAAAAAUGCAACACAGCCGUAACACAGAUCAUCCCUAUCCUUUGGGCCAAUCCUUGUUGCCUUGUGCUAAUAGCCAUUGAUUCUAACCUUUGGCACUUUAUCCGUCAGCUAAGAUGUUGACAGGGCAGUCAAUUGAGUCAUCUAUGGGAGAUGAAAGAUCACAGUCAAGGUGAUAGGCAAAAAAACAGAGGGUUUUGAUCACUUAGUCAGGCUGCCUUCUGGACCUUUUUAAUUUAUUUUUUAACUGCUCUGCAGAUGCUUUUGUCCUCCAUAUAGGUACAAUCAACUGCUGACUUGCAGUAAUUACAGUAUGCUGCGUAGGCCUGACUGCUUGUUCAUUACGUGGGCAUGUUCCCAAGAAUUGAAAAAUCCCCCUCGUGUCUUCCUUGUAAAAUGGGAGAUAUUACAGGUAGUCUUUGAUUUAAGACUUACAAAAGCACUAAAAAAGUGGUUUACAAUAAGUCCCUGUGCUUAUGACUGUUGCAGCAUUCCAACAUAUUAAAAUCCAGGCGCUUGGCAACCGGCAUGUAUUUAUUAUGGUUGCAGCAUCCUGGGGUCAUGUGUGGUUGCCAUUUGUGACUUCCCAGACACUUCCAGUCAACUGGAGGAAAAGCCAGAUUUGCUUAAUGGCCAUAUUAACUGCAGUGAUUCACUUAACAACCACGGCAAAAAAAAAAUUGUAAAGUCAGGCAGGACGCACUAACUGCCUUGCUUAGCGAUAGAAAUUAUAAUCCCAAAUCCCAAUACCUGCAUAUUCAGCUUUGCCAAAACAAGGUUUUGAAAAUUAAUUGCAAGCAGUCUAUUAAGAUAAGAAAUUGGCUGAAACGCCUUUUCAAAUAAAAUGCCAAAAGAUGAGAUGAAUGAGCUUAAACUCAGAGGCUUGGAAGGGAAAUACUCCAAAUAUUAGUGCAGAGGCAGAAUUAUCUUUUACUCAGGUAGAGAAAUAGUGAGUGGUAGCUCAAUUCAAUAGCUCCUUGGGCUUCCAAAUGUAGCUAGGAGCAGUUGUGGCCCUCUGCUGGGAGAUAAGGAAAUAAAUCUGGGGCUAUCCUAAAAACAGGCCCUCUCAGCAAACACAACAGACCAAAGACCCAUGCCCUGAGAUAGUCCUGUUUCCAAUAAAAUGACUCUAUUGGAAAUACAUGUUGGGAACUGUAAAUAGGCACAUAAGAAACCACUUUUCCCUGAUUCACUUUUGAAGGCAUUCUCAGGAUCCAAGUGGCAGCACCAUAAAGGAGGUGGCAGAUUCACUUCAGGAUUAAAAACGUCAAUAACAGUGGAAAGACAUCGAUCACUUCUAAAAGAAACCAGCAGUUUCGAACCCCAAAGUUUCUAGAAAGCAUAACUCAGUGAGAAAAAUAACGACCUAUAUGCUGAGUUUCUUACCUUAUGAUGAUUCUGACUUUUCACUUUACAUAUUUGAUCCCUAAGGAAUUGUUCUAAAGUUUGAAAAACGGACCAUUUACAAUCAUUUAAUAAUUCAGUUAGCUCAUUCAGUCCAGGUCUAUAACAAGAGGAUGAUUGUGCUUAAAACACAAACGUUCCCCUUUCCAAAUCCUGGCAAAUGUGUAUCAAGCUUAUUUAAUACAUUUUUGAAUCAAGUAUAAUUUGAGAAAAGAUUAGAAAAUUUUCCUUCUCUAUUCCCUGGACCUUGGGAAGACUUCGGUAAAACAGGUCUGCAUUGCCAUAUCAGAGAUGAAGGAUGGAUACAGGAUCUUAACAAGAUGAAGCAGUCUUUGGUCAUUAAACAAAUACUUCAGUUUUAGCCAGAAUGCAUUUUUAAAAAAUACACUCAACAGGUCCAUGAAUUCUGCACACAUUUUAAGGCUCCUGUUUCUGUAAGAUAGGAGAGAUUAUCUUUGUUUAGAUAAUUUAUUUAGAUAAAUACUCAUAUUCAUUUGCUUUGGGUGAGGUCUGCUGAACAAACUGCAAUUAUUGUUUUGUCAUUGGCCAGUCCCACAUUAUUCUAAAGCAGGGGUCUCCAACCUUGGUAACUUUAAGACUUGUGGAAUUCUUAAAGUCUUAAAGUUGCCAAGGUUGGAGACCCCUGCUCUAAAGCCUUGUAUUCUGUCUUAAAAGACAUAGGAUGUGGAAGUGAUAAAAAUUUCUUUAGCAGAAUGGUAAACCCAGAGCAGAUGUUGCUUAAGAUUUUUUUUUAAUGAAAAUGAAUUAACCCAACAAUACUCCAUUACCACGGAGUACCUUCACACUAGCACAUUGCACAAAUCCCAUAUAUUCUCAUUCUUGCUGUUUUCCUAUUGCUUUCAUUCAUGAAGAAGAGCCCAGCACAUUCAAGCUCAAAGAUUUGUCUGACUUUGGCCCCAGAAAAGAGCAUUGGUCCUUAGCAAUUAGUAUUAAAUUAGAAAAUAAGAGGUAUUAAGGUCAAAUCGGGCUAUCGUGAUUAGUAAUCAUUAAGAGUCUCGCUCUCUGUGAAUUUUUCUAAUCUCCUUGUCAAAACAAUCAGGGCUGGGUGUUGCUGCAUCUUGUGCCACAUUCCGUACUUGUAUUUGCAUUGUGGGAUGACUUUUCUUUUCGUCCUCCAUCUCCAUCAGUGAUGGCUGCUGAUAAUAUGCUCUAAUAUUUUGAGGGAGGAAAAAACAACCACGCCUCCCUAAUCACCUGCUUCAGCUCUCCCACUACCAAAACAGUUUGGUUGCUUGGGCUUCUAUAUCCUGCUAAAUUUGUGGGAAUAGUUACAGCAUUAUUAACUCACUGUUUUAAGAUCUGAAUGCCGGAUUGCUGGCAUUAAGACACUUUAUCAUUGGUGCCGUAGAGUUUGUCCUUACAAGGCAAUAGUCAUGGCAAGUGUCUCCUCCUUCUUAGCCCUCUUAAGUUAACCCUGCUCUAGUUAAUUUAGGCCUAUGCAUUUGCUUUUUAAACCCAUCCGACUUGGGUUUUGUCUAAGUAUCUGGUUCAGGAUGGCUUUGCUAGAGCGGGGCUUUACAAUUCCUAGAAUUUAGCUCCUGAAUUAAAUCUCUCAAAAGCAACCUGUAGGGACUCUAAUCCCUUUGCUUUGUUUUCAGUUAUUAACUAAUUAAUUAAAGAGUAGCAUUUCUCCUCACCCAAGUGCUUAAGUUCUGUGUGUAUUUAACUUCCAUUUUGCUGCUUUGUCAGUGGGCUUUCUAGAAACUAAAAUAGAUCAACCACAUAGCAGAUAGGUUUUCCUUGUUUGGCUUAACAGUAUGUGGAAUUAAAGCAAUCUUUACUUGAUUUAACAGCUAAAACUGUAUACAGUAUCAUCAAUUUAGAAAGCAUCUUUUCACAGAACAAAGUAUUGGUUCAACUUCAGAAUAAUCUUGUAUGCAAAAUGAAACCAAUGGAAUAUCUUAUAAGAAUACACUUUUGAAGGUUGCCCAAAGUAAUACUUUGAUAUAAUUAGGGCAUCACCCCAUCUCCCCCUCUGCCCCUCUUUCCUGCCCCCUGUUUACUCCAGAGGGAUCUGUCCAUUGAAGAAAUAUGUAGGAGCACAACUCAAGUGCUUAACAGAACAUAUUUGGCAUGGGCUGCUUGUGAGUCUAAGCUUAUAUUGCAUGAGUCAAAUGUAUUCAUAUCCAUUUAAGAAUCCUGAACCAAGCUUUAUACAUUAUUUUAGAGAUAAAAUAUUUUAUUUUCAAUAUAGAAAUUGGGAGGGUGAAGGUAGGAAAGAAUUAAAUUAUAUUGAGUAUUAAAUAGUUAUGACAGCUGUCAUUGCAUCUGUAAAAUGUGUUAAAUUUGCAAAAAUUAUAUUGCGAUUGUUUUCAACCCCCCUUAAAAACACCCCCCCACAAUUGUUUAUUUGCAAUGUAAGAAGCAAAUUCAAAAUUAUAAUAUCUGAAAUAUUUAAAAUUGACAGUGAUUUAAAGCCACUCAUUGUUUUAUCACUUUAUCAGUAAAUAGUUAUGUCAGUGAAGCUUGGCAUUUAUACCACCUUAUAAUGCCUGCCAUUAAAAGGUCUCUUGUGAUAUUAAAAUAUUUACAGGUAGUCCUCAACUUACAACAGUUCAUGUAGCGAUUGUUCAAAGUUACAGUGCAACUGGAAAAAAAAAGUGAAUUAUGACCCUUUUCCACACAUGAGCGUUGCAGCAGGUCAGGUGAUCAAAAUUUGGAUGUUUGGCAACUGGCAUGUAUUUAUGAUGGUUGCAGCAUCCUGGGGCUGUGUGUGAUCACCUUUUGUGAUCUCCCAACAAGCAAAGUCAAUGAGAAAGCCAAAUACACUUAACAACGGUGUUGCUAACUGAACAACUUCAAUGCUUCAUUGAACAGCUGUGGCAAGAAAGGGCAUAAAAGGGGGCAAAAUUCACUUUGCAACUAUUUUGCUUAGCCACAGAAAUGUUGGAGUCAGUUGUGGUUGUAAGUCGAGGAUUAUCUUUAGUGGAGACAAUAUAGGUGUUUUUAUAGCUAUAUUACCAGUGCGGGAUCUAGGAAUAACGGACUCCCUUUUCCCAACUCUGCCAAUGAUUCCCGUUGUGGCCUUGGGCAAGGUAUGAAACUUUCUGCCUCAAUUUCCUCAUUUGUAAAAUGGGGAUAAUAAUAUUGCCCUCCCAGUCUACUGUGAGGAGUAUUUAGUUAUUAUUCUUGCUGCACUUCUAAGGUUAAAAAAAAAACCAAGUAUUAAAUUUUUUAAUAGAGAAUCCAACAAUUUACAUAUUUUGCUGAAAAUGCUGUGCUAUUUGUACUUUUUUAUACAACUUUUCAUAGUACUGGUGAGGGAAAAAAAUGCAUAACCCAAUAUGUGUGUCAUACAUGAUCUGGAAUAUUUUAGCUCUUGCCAAGCAAAGUUUUGUGCAGAUGCUGCAAGAUGCAGCUUUUGCUAAAGUAUGAAGGCAGUUUUUUCUAUUAAAGGGGUUCAAACUUUGCAUAAGCAGAAGCAUAAUGGAGUGUUCUACUAUAUUGUCCAGAUCAAGAAAUUGGACACCAUAUAUUUUAAGGCAAGAUUUCAUGAAACACAGAAGGUGGGAGGACUUUUGUAGGCAACUAUUCCCAUCAACAGUAAUUAAAUCACUUUAUUUCAAACCAUAAGCAAACUGCACAUUUAUAUCAUUAUAAAAAUUAGUGUGACAAGGCAAAAAGCUGGAGAACUCAGUUUUGCUCAGAGGUAAUUGGGUGUCUUCUGUCAAAGAUUGAUUUGAUUACUCCCAACAACUGGUGUAAAGAGUGUCAUAUUGUGUAUUGAGGGACAACCUGAAUCCAUUUCGAUUUGAUGUCCAAAUUUUUACAAAAAUCACAGGGAAUUUCUUCUAUGCAAACCUCAUGACAAUCUCUUUGAAGGAGAUUUUGGGGUAAAGUAGGCAAAUAACAUAUGUACAUUCACCCGUUUUUAACAAGACACCCCUUCUCCCCUGAGUGUGCCUCAUGCCUUCCACUGCAAUCCAUCUUUCUAUCUUAGGGAGUGGUUAAGCCUUUUACAGAGAGCCAGUUUGGUAUAGUACUUAUGGCAUUGAGCUAGAAACCGGGAAACUGCGAGUUCUAAUCCCGUCUUGUGGUCAGUCCACAAGACUUUGGGCCAGUCACUUUUUCUCAGUCCUCGGAAGGAGUCAGUGGCAAAUCACUUCUGAAAACCUUACCAAGAAAAGUGCAGGGACUUGUCCAGGCACUCUGAGAAUUGGACACAACUGAACAAAAAAAAGUACAGACACCUCCAACUCUGUCUGAAAAACUAUAGAUGCACCUGCACCCUCCCCUUCUCCAGAUCCCAUGUGGAUUGGAAUCAAAAUGUUAAUUUUAACCAAUUCAUGAUUAUCUCAUUUAAGAUAGACAGGUUGCUUAUACUUAAUUAUUAUGUAGAAUUCAGGCCUAGACUUUGUUUCUACUGUAAUCAAUGCCCCAAACAAUAAACUUCAGAGCUUUUAUUUCUUUUCAUUGCUUAGAAGGUGUACACAAUCCAAUUUAAUAAAAAUAAAAUGUAAUUUUUGUCAAUGUAAAGCCUGAGAUCCGUAUGGAAGGAGUAUCAUAUAGCUUCAAUACUAUGAAUUUUUUGCAUGAAAGAAUGAGAACUAUCACAUAUUUGCUGUGUCCUUGUUCUCUCUUUGGACAAAAGUAAAACCAAUUAAAAUUUUACAUUUUAUAUAUGAUACUAUUUUAAGGCUCAAUAUUUCUAUUUGGAAGACAGAAAAAUGUUUUCUAACUAUUUAAUAAUCGCAUGGUACUGUAAAGUAAAUGGAAAGGCCAUUCAUUUGCUGGGAGAAGAUGUUUUUAAAAAUGAACGAGACUAAUGUACAAAUUGUUGCACUUUUUCCUUAAACUUAACAAUUAAACUUUGUUUGCAUGAUUUUUUUUUUUGUUAAAUAGUAAUGAUAGUUUGAAAGCAAGUUGAGUAUGAAUAAAGAUACUGACAAU